UGUUUUCAUAAGAUCUUUGAUUACUCCAGUACAGAUCAGUAUUGGCAGUUUUACAGUUUUUUGUAAUCCACACUUGUUUCUCAAUUGACUUCAGGUUGUGACUUUGAUUUUCAGUCAGUUGAUGAUAUGGAUCAUAAACUCUUUUCCACAGCCUUUUUACUCAAAGUUGUAUGAGAGAGUGAUAAUGCAUAUCAAAUGCAUCUCUCCUGCAGUCAUGUAAAUUUCGUGUUUGAUGUGAUAUUGCGAUUUACCACAUCAAAGUUUUCAUAUACAAAAGAAUUGGAAUAUAAUCAUUAAUUUUUGUAAUAUAUUUCAAAGUAUCUAGCUGCUACUAAAGUCAGCUGUGUUUGAUAGGUAAACAAAUGGAAUAUUUUCAUUGACAAUAACAUUUGACUUUACCACAAACAAGAUUCAGCGUGAUGAUGCAGGAAAAAACAAAUUAGAUGUGAAAACGUGUGACUUGGCAAGCACCCACCUGAACAGAUGUACUGGAAGCAGAAUAAAAAACCUGCAAUGAACAAUAAGUCUGAAACAAAGUCACUAAUUAAAGUUGAAACGAUGUUAAAAGGCUGUAAAGAAAAGACUGAACACAAAAUGGCAAUUCUCUAAUACAAGAAGCUGACAAAUAAGAUGAAGAUGUUGUCAAAGAAACCUUAUGAUUUGGUGUCUGAGGAUGGUUAUGACACCAGAAUUCCGUUACACAACGAUGAAGCUUUCCAACAUGGAAUUCAUUUCCAGGCCAAGUUUAUUGGUACUUUAGAUAUACCCAGACCUAGCAGUAGGGUGGAAAUAGUUGCUGCCAUGAGAAGAAUAAGAUAUGAAUACAAGUCUAAAGGUAUAAAGAAGAAGAAAGUAUGUCUGACUAUUUCUGUUGAGGGAAUUAAAGUAUUAUUGUGCAAGAAAAGACCAAAAAGUUUAGAUGGUCAAACAGCAGAGGAAAGACUAAUGUUGAUGCAACAUCCAAUCUUUAGAAUAUUUUAUGUAUCUCACGACUCACAAGACCUGAAGAUUUGGAGUUAUAUAGCUAGGGAUGGACCUUCUAAUGUGUUUAAAUGCCAUGUAUUCAAAGCUUUCAAAAAGAGCCAAGCCAUGCGAAUUGUACGAACUAUUGGACAAGCUUUUGAAGUAUGCCAUAAGAUAAGUUUUCAGUCCGCCCAAGCUGAUGAUCAGCAGGCCAGUUUCCCUGAUGGUUGUGACAAUGAAAAUAUGAGGAGUAUGAAAGAAGGGAAGGAUAAAAAUCAUCAACACAAUAAUUCCAUGCCAAUGUCUACACCUGAGAAAGCACUUAAACAAGCUCAAGAUCUUCUGUAUGCCAUGGCAGCCAAAACUCCAGGAAAAGAUUCUUCUCAUUAUGUAGAAGAACCAGAAUCUCAGAUUCCACUGACUACACAUCACCAUAUUCAAUUACUGAGAGCACAGUUAGAGAUGCAACAACACCAAACACAGCUUGCUAUUGCACAGGUCCAUUUGUUAAAAGAUCAACUAGCAGCAGAGUCAGCUGCUAGAAUUGAAGCCCAGGCACGCUCUCAUCAACUUUUAGUACACAACCGAGAUUUGUUGGAACACAUGGCACAGUUGGUAACUAGAAUACAAGAGUUAGAGGUCAAGGUAAAUGGAGUCUCAACAUCAACUGAGAACUUGUUGCCUCCUUUUUCACAGCUGCAGGUAUCUUGGUUUCCCACAACUCCACAGUCUGGGGCUGUUUAUACUCCUGAUUGCCAGGAUUUUGAGUUUGACAAUUCUUUCGUAACAAAUUCUCCAGUAGGUUACUCAAAAAACAAAAUUGAGGACACAGAUUCACCAGACAGUGGCCAUAAGGAAAUGUCAUCAGAAAAUUUAUCUUUACACACACAUCAAGGCAUUGAUCCUAUGUACUGGCCUGGUAUUUUGAGAGGACAAAUUUCUGUCAGCUCCCCUGAAGCAAUGUUAACACAAAAUCAUUUUGCUGGAAUAGCAUCCAUUACAGGCAAUCCAUUUGCUAAUGGUUUUGAAGACAGUUUUAAUCAAAACACAAUUUUACGAUGUUCAUAUGAAGAAAGAAUGAAAAUCAUAACUCCACUUCCUCCUCAAGAUGCAAGUGGUAAUAAGCUAGAGUUAAAACUCAGUAAAACACCCAAGAUAGACCCACCUCCAGAAUUUCGUAAUUCCAGAUCAUUUCGUGACUCACAAAUUUCAGCCCAGAGUACAGAUAGUGCUUCAUCUCAAGAUACAUGUCCACUUAUGAAAUCAGACAGUGAUUAUUAUUCAAAUACAACAGGAAGUGGUCAUUCACAUGUAAACAAUAAUGACAAUCAUGUCGUCAUGUUACAUAAUAUGAAUGAAAACCUGGCUGCAACCUCAUCAACAGCCCAGGAACUUUUUCCAGAAACAGGGUUUUCAAAUCUGAGUGACUGUGUAACUAUAAAUGGACCCCAGAUAUCAGCAACUGUUCCCUCAGAAACAUAUGGAAAUCAAACAUCAAAUGUAUAUCAAAAUUCUAUGUGUGAAACAAGACAAAUCUCAGAUACUCAGUUUCUUGAUAAAUAUAAACAAACAAGUUCAACACUAGACUCCAUACAGAAGUUAGAACUUCAGUUAAAUCGCAUGAAUCUGGACCAAAAGUCAGCAUCUGAUUAUUGUUUAAGGACUUUGAACAAUGGAUCAAAAGAGAGUGGUGUCACGAAAGAUGGUUCCUUUCGUGUGAAGACUAUUCCUCCUCCACCCCCACCUCGACGGACAGAAAGUCUCACUUCUGAUAAUGGAAGCUAGUGUUUUUAUAUUUGUUGUUUCUUUGUUUGUAAGACUGAAAAAAUGAAGAGUUUUGUUAAGAAAACAAGUUUAUUUGUUAUAGUGUAAAGUGCAUUCAGUAGUAAUAUUUGUGUAUUUAUUCAUGUAUCAAGAAGUUAAGUAAGUGUGAUAUAAAGAAAAUAUAUAUCACUCUCCCAAAAAUGAAAAAAAGAGAAUAUCAGUGUGAUGUACUCUAUCACAGAUUUGUAUGAAUAAAACAAUCCAUUCAUUUUUGAUAGGCAAUUGAUUUAAAAUAUAAAAUACAAGACGUUUUUAGAUUAUUAACAUAAAUUAUAUUGUAGAUGAGGCAUUAAGUUUUGAUGAACAUGAAUAGAUGCUUGUAAUUAAAAAAAAAAUUGUAAGUCUUUGUGACCAACACAAUUACUUAGAUAUUAAUGGAUAAAGGAAGGUAACCCUGGCUGUCAGUUAACUGAUCAAUGUUGAAGUCUUUCGGUCUUGUGUUCUCAAAUUUGACUGUGUCAAUCAGAUUUCAUUGGAUAUUCUUUUUUUUUUUACAUGAUUAUAAACAGAGAAGGAGAUUUUGAGCAAUCGAUAAUUUUUAUUUGUUAUAACUGCAUACAUUUUUUUAAUGUAUUGCUGGUCAUGACACAUAUAAUUGUAAAGUCAGAAAUAAUACAUAAGUUAUAAGAUCCUUGUGAUGAAUCAAAAUUUAAUUCUUAUCUAUUUUACAACUUAAAUUUAAAGUUUUUUUCAUGGAGAAUGUUCAAAUAUCACACUUAAAAUCAUUAACAUUUUAUUAUAACUCAACUAUCUAUGGUGUUUACAAGACUUUACAUAUUUGUUUAGGGGCCAGCUGAAGGACGCCUCCGGGUGCGGGAGUUUCUCGCUGCAUUGAAGACCCAUUGGUGGCCUUCGGCUGUUGUCUGCUCUAUGGUCGGGUUGUUGUCUCUUUGACACAUUCCCCAUUUCCAUUCUCAAUUUUAUUUAGUGUAAUUUUACCUAAAGGUAUUAAAAACAUUUUUAGGAAAAAUAAUCAAAAUAUUACCAUUUUACCAAAUAUUGUCACCAUAUUAGAUGUAAAGAAAAUUUGAUGUAUGUGAUCAUAUCUUAGAAUCACAUACAAUAAGUGUCAUUAAAUAUACUUGAUUUUAUGGUCAAUUUACCACUUUAGUGCAAUAAUCUAUUAAGUUUCUUUUACUUGUUACUUACAUGAUAUGAUGUAUGAAUUAAUGUUCAGUGCCAAUCUAUCAUUCAUAUUGUGUCUUACGAUAUUAUAUACACCCUGCUUGAUUGCACAUUGAUCUACUUUGAAUCUCAUGAAAAUCAAAAUGGCAUUUGUUUGUACUUAAAUUUAUUUUGUAUUUUACCAUGUUUACAGAUGAAAUUAAAGUAAUACUCAGUGCUUUUUGUGUGUUUGUUUUAAAGUCCCAGUUAUUUGUCAUAAUGACUGAAUAUUAGCCAGAAGUGUUCACAUUUCAUGUAUUUUUUCAACAACUAUUUUUUAUAACUUUUUAUUUGCAUGUUUUUCAUUUACCAAAUAUAAAUAUUAUAUAUUGCUUUAACACGAAUUUGAAAUGAAUGAAAUCUCCAAAAACCAACUCUUUACACAAGUUGUUUCCCUUUGCUAAAUGUAAACUGGUUAUUAGCCCUAAAAAUUGGGCUGCUGCCCAUGCAAGGCAUGCAAAGUUAAACAUGAUAUAUAGGUGUUUACCCAAUUUUUACAGAAUAAUAACUAUUGAUUCCAAACGUUUUAAGCUGAACAAAGAUAAAUUGUAGUUACAAACAGAUAUAUUUGCUCUUUCUGCUUGCUCUUCAUUUGCAAUGAAAAGUUAUGUACCUCCUAAGGGAAACAACUUUUGCAAAUGGCUCUUAUAAGAGGGUCAGUUAUGGAAUUGGCAAAUAGACUGUUGACAAGAAAUGACCCAAAUUACCAAAUUUCCCUUUGAAAGAUAAAAAGGACAUAUUGAGCUUCAUUGGUCAUUUGUGUCUUAUUUUCCUUUUUGACAAUCAUGUUUAGUUUAUUGUUUUAUUAUCAAAUCACUAUCACCAAUUAAUUAUCAACUGAAUGUGUUUAAUUUGAAUAAGGAUUAUACCUGAAAAGUUAGCUAUCCUUUCUAAAAAAUUAUGUUUUUCAUUGAGAACAGAUUAGGUGCAUACAUUUUGAAAAAUUUGGCCUUUAUCACAGCUUCUCUUUUUUUACAACAAAUAAAAGUAAGUGAAUGAAAAAAGUAAUCUCACAUUUUUGUAACUUCAGUAUUGUUUGGUAGACUUUCAAAUAAUGCAAAAAAAAUUAAAUUGCUUGAAGUUUGGUGUUUGCCUAUGUUAUGUUUCUUUUAUGCUCCUUUUCUACAGUGGAAUAAUUUUCAUAGCACUCAGACAGUUUCAUGUGCACAAUAUUUCAUUUAAGUAUUCUGAAACAUGAUAUUGUUAUACAAUUUCAGAUGAACAGUAGAGUUUUUCCACCGAAACCAAUGAAAUCUGCCUUUUGGUAUCAUUUUUACAUGAUUUUGAAGGGAUGAAGCAUUUACUCUCAUGCUUUUGAUUUUUUAUGGACAUGUAAAUUUAGACAGUUGGUUUUUUUUCCCAUUUUUUUUCAUUUGUAUAUAUUGAAUUUGUUUUGUAAAUUUUAGAGACCAAACAAUUGUUUAUACAUGUUACUUGUUUUUAAGAUAUUUUGUUAUUUGAAUUAAAUUGAGUUUUCUUUGCUGUGCAAAAUUGUUAUUAAAAUAGCAUAGAAGUUUACACUAAGUUUGUACUUCCAUUUUAUGAGGGUGGUAAAGGGUUAUUUUUGUGCAAUGUGAUAGCCGUUUUUUAUUUCACAUUCAAUAUAUUUUUACUUAUUUAUUUGACAUUCAGUCGUGCAACGUGUUCUGCUUAUUUAAUUUUACCAUGUAACGUGAUUUUCACAUGCUUAUUAUGCGUGCUCAGUAUUUUUUAAAUAAAAUUCACACACUUGGCAGGGAUCGUCAAGAAAAAAUGGAUUCAAUUUUGUUUUUUGAUAAAGCGGAAAGGCCUUUGAGGUGUAAUACCACCAAAAUCAUAGUACAUCACAUCCGGUUGCAUACGAAAAUAGGUCGAAAAAAAAUAUUCCCUUGAAUUUGACAGUUGUAGGUAAUUGAUCCUACAUUUCAUUGCAGUAAAACAUUUCUGAGUCAUAAACAUAUUUCUUGGGUAUUUCAAAGCACCAUUAUUUCUUUAUUUGGGGUUUCUAUAGAAUAUUUUGGAAACUUGAGGUUACAUGGUUACUAAAGCUUGUACACAGGUUAAAAAAGGGGGAAAAUUUGAUUGGUUAACUUCCAGUGAUGGUUAUUUUCUUAUAUGCAAUGAAAUGUUGUGUGAAAUUUUUUCUAUAGUACUGGACAGGAUAAAACUUAACUCAUGCCAAGUAUUUGUUUAUUUGAAACAAAGAUAAAUUCUGCACAAUUUUUUGAAAAGUGCAAAUUUAACAAAGACUAAUAGGGGAAAAUCAAUGGUGGUAUUACACCUUGAUGCUGUUCAUUAUCUGGAUAUUUGCAUUUUAAAAGUUAAUAUAUACAGGAAGACUGUGAAUCAGUCACAAAAGGUUCACAACAAAGUCUUUAUUUUUCGUGCAACGUUCAUGACAGAAAUUAUUUCACAUUCAACGUGAAACUAUGUUUUAUUUCAGGUUUUUUUUUGUGCAACCACCCCAUUUACCACCCUCUAUAUCAGGAUAACUUGUACACAUCAUUGCAAAGUAUUUUUAAACUGUGAUGUUGAUAAUCAGUACUUUAAUCUACUGUAGUCAAAUAAAGAAAAUCUGACAUGUAUUUCUUUUUUCAAGAUUUUCCUCGAUAAUAUUUACCUGCUGAGAAAGGACAAAAGUAUGAUAAUUCUUUAUUUUUUACCUCCUAAAAAUGUUUUAAAAAAAAAUAAAAUUUUCAAGUGAAACUUUCAAAAUGAUUUAUCGGUACAGUAUUCCAUGAUAAUGGAUGCAAAUGCGAUAACUUUUAAAGUGUGUCAAUUUUUUAGUGUGUUUAUUUACAGUAUUUCUUUCACUUUAAUGCCUCAAAGAGGUUGGAUAAAUUUCCCCCAAUUUCUUAUUCACACUAGGACAAUUUUCAAAUCUUUCAAUCUUUUGUAAAAUUAAAUGAUCACAGGCUCACAGCUCUACAUGUUUGUGGGUUUUUUUAAGUUGUAAUAAUCUUAUGACUUUUUCUAAACAUUUAAACAAAUUAUCAAUGUGAAAAGAAUUUAAAUUGCAGUUUUGGUAGAUUUUAGCAAAUUAUCUAUAAUUUAAACAUAACUUUUAUGUUUUGGUGACCAAUGAAUCAUAUUCUCUGGCUCCUACCUCAUUUACUUCCUGUAGUUUUUUCUGAAUUCCUAGGUCUAGUAAUAUAAUUGUUUGUAUAAUGUUCUAGUGAAGUCUAAAAUAGUCAAUAUUCUACUACGUGUCCCAUGGUCUUGGAAAUGUUGUUUUUCUAGUCACUUUCUAUUUCAAAAAUAAGAAAGACCUAAAAAAUAUCUGAAAAUUUAUCCACUGCAAUGCAAUUUCACACUUUUUCUUCAAUAAUUAUGACGCACAAAUUUUUACUCUUUAAAUUACAUGGUAACUGGGACAAACAGUAGUUGUAUUUUGUUUAAUGUCACUAAUGAUUUAUUCUUUGUGACAAUAAUUGAAAAGAAUAUUAAAAGAAUAACUGAA